GAUAUUUUAUAGAUUCUUUGAAAUUUUCUGUAUAAACAAUCAUGAAGUCUUCUUAACUGGCAUUAUCUACUAAAGUUAAACAUGUGACCCAGCAAUUUUAGUUUACUUGGUAUAUUUGCAAUAUAAAUCAGUACUUACAACCAUCAAAAGAUAUGCAAAAGAUUGCUCAUAGCAGCUUGAGUUAUAAUAGCUCCCAAGGUGAAACAACUCAAAUGGCUAUGAACAGUAGAGAGCAUAAAUAAGUUCUGUAUAUCUAUGUGAUAGGAUACUAGGCAGCAGUGGGAGAGAAUGAAGCCCUGCUACGUGCAACAGCGUGGAUGACUUUCACGGGCACUGCGGUGAGACCAAUAAGCCAGACAAAAGAGCGUACAUUAUGUGAUUCCAUUUUUAUAAUGUUCAAAAGCAGACAAAAGCAGUUUAUGUUAUUAGAGAUCAGAAGAGUCGUCACCCUCGGAGCAAGGUAUUCAUUGGAAAGGAACACAAAAAAGCGGGCCUUCUUUGGUUCUGAAAGUGUUUUCAGUCUUGACAUGGAUGGUAGUUUCACGGGGAUUUUCAUGAGAAUCACUGAGCUGCACACUUAGUAUUUGUGCAUUACGGAUGGGGAUGGAGGAGAUUGGACGACCUCAUACGGAGAUAGUGAUCUUGGAGGUCACCGAGGGAGGGCAAAUGAUUACAGAGAGAUGAGGGACGAGAACAGCCCCCCAGAGGGCACUAGCCUGAGUGAGAGAGUCCCACCAAAGUGUCUGGGUAGGAUGGCCAGGGUCGUUUGGAAAGAACAAGUAUUGCCAAAAUAACAUCAGACACUGAAGGGCAAGCUGAGGCUGACAUGUACGACGCUGAUACCCGUGAUUAACAGAAGCUGGCUCAUGUUUCCAGCAAAGACGGAAGGGCCAGACCAGACUGAAAUUCUUGGGAGAAGCCACUCUUGACAUCCCACAGGCAACUGAAAAUAAACUGCAGUCCUUCCUAUCCCUGGAACUUAGGAGAAACACCAUGCAUGGUUGGGUUGUCUGGAGGACGCAAAUGCCACAUUUGCGCAUACGGCUAGCUCCAGUCCACACCCUAAAGAAGGCCAUGUUCGAAUGGGGGACUAAACAACAGCAGGUUAUAUCUGAGUCGCAAAAAGCAGUAGCUCUACCAUGCCCUUGGCCCUGAUGAUCCCCACUCAGUUAUGACUCUGGAAGAAUCUGUGAGUCACACUUUGCAGACCGGAGCUCAUGGCUAAAGCCCGUGAGUGCCGCCCAGUGGCAAACACUGGGAUUUUGGACCAGGACGGCUCCAGACCCAGCGGUGAUGGUACACACCGUCUGAGAGCCAGUCACCAGUUGCUGUUGGGCAUUGAGUGCGAGUGUCCCUGAGACUGAGGACGUAAAAUGGUCCUGAAGCUGGAGAUACCCAUAAUGUCUUGGGCGAUGUCAGAGAAACACUGCGAUACGGAGGGAGUUCCAUGAUGACCCGGAAAUGGACACUCGGGAACACGCUGCCUGGGGGUGGGAGGACCGGUUCCUUGUAUUCACGCGCUGGGAGCCUCUUCGCCUAUGGCUGGCUUUAGGGCCAUAUGCAGAGUGGCCAGGUACUGCUGCCGCGCGGACAACUUCCUAUGACCAUCGCUUGAUUGACCAACCGUAAGAGUCUUGGUUCAGGGAGGGAAGCAUCCUGUCCCGGCACUCCAGGAGGCUGUAAAUGGGUCCUGAUGGGAAGAGACACUCCGGAUAAGGCUUUGCACACCUGACGGUAGGUGAAAAUGCUGAAACACUGUAAAAAGACUGGAAAUAAGAUACUGUACCGAUUUGGACCGCGGAGCUACAUUUCUUCAAACCAGGGAACACGCCUUACAGCCCACGGUGUCCAACAGUGGGCAAAGAGACACCGUAUCCGGUGGAUACAUCAUGUAGCAUUUCAUCCUCAGAGUAGUGGUUUGAUGGGGAGUUGGAACGGGUUGUCGAAACACUUGUUUAAAGGGUACGUAGCACUGGCUCCCUCUCAGCAUGAGGGAGGCCAGGAGAGGGUCCCUACUCAGUAGCCCCCUCCUUUGCUGGGGGAGGGGGAGGGGAGAUGCAGUUCUCAACUUUCCUUUUCCUGUGCAGUGGUCCUGGGACCAGGGCUGCCACUGCAGGUACUGGAAGCAGGGAAGGCCCCUCAGCAAGAACCUAUAAGGGUGCUUUAAACCUUUAGGCCAGAAUUUCCGAGGGAGAUGGGGUGAAUUGUGCCCCAUUGUCUCUGGAAGCAUUGGAGCAGGCGGGGAAUGCAGUGGUGUGGUCGCUGGUUGAGGAGGCCCAUGGACUCUGCCCUUGGGUGCCCCCCCAUGUUGGGGGAGCUGGCUGAGGGGGAGGCCCUUGCUGACUGGCAUUGCUGCCAGGAUUCUGGAGUAGCACAGGGGCUGAAACUAAUGUCCCUUGCAAAGGUGGAAAAGUUUGGACUAAAAUCGAUGACAAAUGGAGAGAAAGAAAGAUAAUACCUGAGGGCAAAGGAAUGCAUAAAUGUCAUCUGCAAGGAGGGAAGUCCAGAUAGCCUCCCAAAUUGGACACGGGAGACCCCCUGUGACUUUGAGAGAACAAACAUUUCUUGGACAGUGCCAACGUAAAAGAAAACGUGAACGAGCAAGACUGAUAAGGGAGAAGGCAUCUCUCCAUUAAUAAGGAGUAACUUCCCUCUAUCAGCACCAUGGACCAACUUAGGUCACACGUCUACCUGAAGCUGAACUCUCUCUGAGGCAACACUGUGAGCUGGUUUUCUGAAUUCUGGGUUCUUGUGCAUCUGUUGAGGGCAAAUGGGUGUAACAACCACGCUUAGUAAACAGGCUUAGACUAGUUAAUACUCUCCCAGGAGUUAGGAACAGGUGGUCUUGCCCCAAGUCCCAUGGACUCAGUAGGGAAGGGAUGGGCCCCCAGACAGACUGGUGCCCAGGACUUCUGUUCAUCAGAAGAAAUUAGUGAGAGGAUGAAGAAUGGAGAAUAUACCAAUAUACAGAGUGGAGAAUAUACUUGUAAUACAAAUAAAUUACCAAAAACACCUGAAGUUAUGAACACAGAAUUCAAAUCAAUGAAAGAAAUACAGUGAGUUCAAUUAAAAACAAGUAAAAGACUUAAGUCUUUCACCAGGGGGUAAGAGGAUGGGGGGAAGGAGGGGAGGGAUGAACUGGGAGACUGGCAGUGACACAUACACACUACUAUAUAUAAAAUAGGUGGCUGAUAAGGACCUACUGUGUAGCACAGGGAGCUCUUCUCAGUGCUCUGUCAUGACCCAUAUGGGAGAAGAAGCUAAAAUGUGUGGCUACAUGUAUAUGUGUAACGGAUUCACUUUGCUGUGCACCUGAAACUAUCACAACAUUGUAAAGCAACUAUAUUCCAAUAAAAAUUAAAAAAAAACAAGUAAAAGACUUAAGUAGGGGCUUCCCUGGUGGCGCAGUGGUUGAGAGUCUGCCUGCCAAUGCAGGGGACACGGGUUCGAGCCCUGGUCUGGGAGGAUCCCACAUGCCGCGGAGCAACUAAGCCUGUGUGCCACAGCUACUGAGCCUGCACUCUAGAGCCCGCAAGCCACAACUACUGAGCCCAUGUGCCACAACUACUGAAGCCUGCGUACCUAGAGCCCAUGCUCUGCAACAAGAGAAGCCACUGCAAUGAGAAGCCCGCGCACCACACAGAAGAGUGGCCCCUGCUCACCGCAACUACAGAAAGCCCGUGUGCAGCAAUGAAGACUUGAUGCAGCCAAAAAUAAAAUAAAAUAAUAGAUAAAUAAAUUUAAAAAAAAGACUUAAGUAGUUGUUUCUGAAGAAAGAGAGCCAGCUGGACGCUAAGUGUAUGAGCAGGGGCCCAACUUUACCUGCAGCUAUAGGGAAAUGCACGCUGAUGUAAGAAGACAUCAUCCAAGUGGACAAGAACAUAAAAAUGUGAGCUCGAUCCACACUCUUCGUUAGUUGGUUAGCUUCUAUUGCGUGGACGUAGUACAAUUUGCUUAUUAAAGGACAUCUGAGUUAUUUCCAGCUUUUAACGGUUAUGAAAAGAGCUGCUGUAAACAUUCGUGCAUAGGUUUUUGUGCAAAUAUACUUAGCUUUAUAAGAAACUGCUGAGCUGUUUCCCAGGGUGGCGGUACGACCAGAGUUGCAGCGGCACCAGCAGUGUCCGGGAGUUCCAGUCUCCCUGCAUCCUGGCCAGCGGUGAGGUUGUGGCUAAUGGAGGUGCACACUUUCUCCUGUGCUUUUGGCCGUCCUUUUAUCCUCUUUGAUGAAGCGUCUGUCCGCCCAUUUUGUAAUCGGCCGUCCUUUUUUCAUUCCAUUGGCUUUCCCGAGAGCAGGAAAGUCACUGGCAAGUUGGGGUAUUUCUUUACAAGCAUGACAACCUCCCUCUGCAUGCUCCUCCCCAUGUCCAAGCUCGGUGAUUCUCCAUCAAGGGCAGCCCCAGACUCGCUGGGCAAGCACAGGUCUCUAGGUCACUCCUGUUCUCCAGCCAACACAAAACCAUCUUCUGGAAACGUUUGCAAGACGGGCCUGUUUAGGCUGAGACUAACACAAUGGUGUGUGUGUGUUGAUUACAUAGAUGGGGGAAAGGUUCUUAUGCCAGAAACUCAAAUUUCCCUGCCCCUUUGUGAGUAAUAACAUCCAUGAACCCUGAGGUAGGGCAGGGUCCCCACCGAGUCCAUCGCCCCGGACCACGCCGCGGUCAUGGCACAUGCAGCACCCCUGCCCCCAAGCCGGAGUCAUACCCCUCCCCAGCUCCAAAGGAAGGGGUAGCGUAGGUCUUGGUAAGGACAGUGCUGUGUGGCUGGAGACUGAGUGGAUUGGCGAGGAAGCGCGGUCAGGGGCCAGGACACCUGGACAGGGCACAGGGAGUGUCAGCAGCGAAGCCCAGCGGGGCUGUGCCCCCAGCAGACGUCACGAGCAGGACCGGAGGCCCGGGACGGGAGGGGAGAUUCCGCGCUAGUUGGUGAUGUGGGCAGUUACAUCUCCGUGGAGGGGUGAGUGGACCCUGGAGCCCCGCAUCUGUGCGCGAUGGGGAAAUGGCCAACAGCCGUUCUUCCGGCGCCGCCUUUGAACAGGCAGAUGUCAGAGCCAGGCCGGCUGCUUCAGGACAGGCCAGGCCACGCUGGGGGCGGCCCGCUCCGGGCCCAGUGGGCAGAGAGGAGAGACGCCCGGCCUGCGGUGGGCUCGGGGAGGCCAGGGACACCCGCGGCUCUCCAGGUAGGUUUCCGUGGGGUCCUGCCCCUCGGUGAAGUGGCCGGUCUGGCUGCCUCUGGACCUCGUCCCUCGGAGGGAAGUGUUUGGGGCGGGGCCGGGGUUGAGAGGUCCCUGAUCUCACAAGGUGGGGGCUUCCUCCCCGCGUGCUUCACCCCACUGCACCCCGCAUCUCCAGCAUCCUCCCCCCUGAGCUCUGAAGUUCUCCACCGAGGGGCACCCUUGCCACCGCCCACUUCGUCCUCCCCCCAGGAGACUCCUCCCACUCUAGGAACAUGCGGGAACCCCUGCCGAAGGUCUGCUUGUCCCUGCCCGCCACCCCAAGCUACUUACAGGAUGCUCUCCAUCUCUCUCCCCAACACAUGCCUGCCUGCCCGGGCCCCCUCCCGUUCCCUCCUGUCCUCACAAGGAGUCUGCUGAAACGGGACAUGGAGGGACGUUUCCAGACAGGAACACUCUUUGUGUCUAUUCGCCGUUUGCUGCAAAGCCAGAGCGGGUGUUGGUGGGAGAGGGGGGCGCAGGCUGGUGCUGUCUCCACUUUGCUCACGUCCCUUGUCGGGGUGCCCUGAGUCUCAGUGCAAGGGACCCCCGAUUUGGGGGAGAGCUACCCCCACCGCCACCCCUCCAGCCCCGCAUCCUCUCCUCCGGCCCCCGCCUCCUCCCCUCCGGCCCCGCAUCCUCCCCUCCUGCCCUGCAUCCUCCCCUCCGGCCCCCACAUCCUCCCCUCCUGCCCUGCCUCCUCCCCUCUGGCCCCCGCAUCCUCCCCUCUGCUCACCCGGCUCCGGCCCCCUUCCACUGUCUCCCUCAAUCCCACUGUGUCUGGCCCUCAUGUAAACUUCCACUGAUCCCCUCUCUGAUGAGGCUGGAAAUGACCACACAUUUCCCUCAUAACUGGGAACUUUGAGAGCAACAAGAAAUGCAGAGGAACCUAAGAGUCACUUCCUUGAAACACUCUGCUCCGGCCCAGCAGACUAAGGGCUGCUGCGCAUCUCAGCGUGAAAGCCAGUGGCUUCCCCAUGGCCCACGAGGUUCUGCUGACGUCCCCCCUUCCUUGGUGACAGAGCCCCCAACCACUGCUCUGUGUCACUCUGCUCCAGCCAGGCUGUGUCCUUGCUGCCCUCCACGCACCCAGAGGUGCCCCGGUGUCCCCCCCUCCCCCUGUAGCCCCCUGGCCAAUCCUCACCCCGUAGGGACUUUGCCCCUGGGUCGGUGUCGCCUUCUCACUGACACUUGCUCCCCACGGCCCUAACCCGGACCCGCCUUCCGGUCUCACUCUCCACCUCCGUACAUCCUAAGCAGCUUAUCUGCGUGUUAUGAGUGGUGUUUACUGUCCUGUCUGCUUCCCUGCCCUCCCUAGAACUUACAUUUCAUGGAGGCAGAAGUUUCCGACUGUUUUCUCUCCCCAUCGACCCCAAGUACCUUGAAACCAUCACUUCCCAAUAGUGGGCGCUCAGUAUCAGAUGGAUGGAUAAGUAGGGGCCCCUCCCCUGCUUCCUCCGUGAGGUCUGAACAUUGCGACCCUACUCACUGGGUCUCUACAUGGUGGUCCCUCAGAUCCAACACGUCCCAAAACAAGGUCUUCCUCCUCCUUUCUCUCACAAGUGUGCACCUCCCUUCUGCACCCAAAUCCUGAGCUCUCCCUUUGGGGGCAUCUCAUAGCAGCGCUGGGAGCCCUCGGGAGGAGAUCACAGCUGAGACCUGACGGACGCCCAAGUUCCGCUGGUGACGGGGCGGCAGGGCUACCUGAGGUCAGCAAGGGGCUCUCAGGGACUGAACGUGAUUCCUCGGGCAGGACGGGGACAGACAGGAGCGAGGGGGCAGCAGAGGGCUUUGCUCAGGAGAGCGGCGUUUGGACGGAUGCGGCUGGGAGAGGGAUCUGCGUGCAGUUCUCUGCCCCGCGCAGGGUGGACCAGAUGGAGUCAGGGACUGUGGAGGAGGACCAGUCAGAGUUUUGGUUACGAUCAUUCCGGUGCGGUGAUGGAGCCCGAAUUCGCGGUGGCUGGAGGAAGCCCACGAGGGUGGCGGCAAGGGAGCCUGCUGGAGAGACGUGAGGCUGUGGGAGGGGUGGGACCGGCCUUGUCUUAGCCACGGGGGUAAGGAGAGCCGAAGCUUGGUGUCCGCCCGGGCAGCGGGGUAGAUGGUGGUGCCCUGGUCCGAGAUGAACACGAGGAGGGCGUGGACUCCAGGGCCCGUGGAGGCCUCCUUUCAUCGGCUGGACGCACGGGUGGGAUCUGCAGACAGACAGGGCGGUGCGGGCGUCAUCUGGUGGAGACUGGAGGUGGGUGGCUUUGCUGAGUGUGGACAGUGAGAGCAGAAGGCUGGGGCCACAGCACCAAAUGCGGAGGCGAGGCGAGUGGAGACGGAACGAAACAUCCCCCAGAAAUUAGGGAAGGGCUGGUUACUGGCAUCUGGGGGGCCACCGGUCCGCGGCGCGUGGGGACAGAAGCCAGGUGGCUGCGGGCCGAGGGGGCAGGAACCCAGACCAUGGCUGCCCGUGAGCAUUGAUGGACGAGAGGGGUCCAGGCGUGACAGAGAUGCCAAGUCGGGGGGACGUCUGGGGACUCAGCGGAGACAGGGGCAAACAGGAGAGCCCGGAGGAGAGAGGGCGGGAAGCAUGUGCCCAAGGAGACUGGUUGCGGGGCGUGAGCAGAGCUGCAGGGGUGGCUCGGCUCUGAGGCAGGAGCCCCGCACCCCACAGCUGGAGUCAGACCACAAAGGAGCUGCAGGUGCUGCCCGCUGAGAGGGCCAUUCUCGCCCUGCCCAAGGGUCCAGCCCUUCCGGGUGCACGGGGACAUGGAAGCUGCCCCAGCCCUUCCAACUGUUCAGGAGAAGCAAGAAAUCUGUGCUUCUGUGUGGAAUGUGCUGAUUUUCCAAAACGAUGAUCAAAGUGAGGGUGUAGGGCUUCCCUGGUGGCGUAGUGGUUGAGAGUCCGCCUGCCGAUGCAGGGGACGCGGGUUCGUGCCCUGGUCCGGGAAGAUCCCACAUGCCGCGGAGCGGCUGGGCCUGUGAGCCACGGCCCCUGGGCCUGCGCGUCCGGAGCCUGUGCUCUGCAACGGGAGAGGCCACAGCGGUGAGAGGCCCGCGUACUGUAAAAAAAAAAAAAAAAAAAGUGAGGGGUGUAAAGAGUUUUCUGUUAUAAAACGUGUAGGAUAAAAAGGGUCGUAAUAACUCAAUGGUGUCUGGGAGGGACCUGCAGCGUUGCUCAGGCUUCAUUUAAAUUCUCCCUCUGCCCCGCCAUGAAACCUGCCCCCCAGGUAUUCUUAAAAUGUUGCUCAUCUAAAUCUUUCACUUAUUCUCUAACAACCAAAGCCCAAAGGAAACCGAGGAGCAGGCAGGCCCCUGGCGAGUGGAUUAUGCCUCCACGCUUGCCGGCCAUGCUCUCUGCUCCACUGGUGUCCGUGGACAAGGAGGCUGGGACUGCUGGGCUGCAAGUACUGAUGCUUUAUCCAGCGGAAGUUUGCUUUCUGAUGUAACAUAGAGAGAAAAGAGUCAUUUCGUUUUUUAACAAAUAUUUAACCUACGACCUUGGCAUCACUUAUUAAGCAAUCCACCCUUUCCUCACUAAUUAUAUCCCAUGAGCUCUGAGUUAGGACUUUCUACACUGUUUCCACACUGGCCCAUUGACUAAAUGGCAGUACUCGUUAUUUUUAACAUUUAUUUUAUUAAACUAUUAGUUGCAUUUUAUUGUAUUUUCUUAUCUCCAAAAUAGCCAGUCCACUUCAUUAAUCCUCUCCUUUCUUUUUCAUGAAUUUUAUUUGCUAUUCCCGUCUGUUCAUACUUGCAGAUGAUUUUAAGAAUUAUUUCAUUCUGUUCUUUUAAAUUAAUUUAUUUGUUUUUAUUUUUGGCUGUGUUGGGUCUUCUUGCUGUGCACGGCUUUCUCUAGUUGCGGUGAGCGGGAGCUACUCUGUUGUGGUACGCGGGCUUCUCAUUGCGGUGGCUUCUCUUGUUGCAGAGCGCGGGCUCCAGGCGCACGGGCUCAGUAGUUGUGGCACGCGGGCUCAGUAGUUGUAGCUUGCUGGCUCUAGAGCGCAGGCUCAGUAGUUGUGGUGCACGGGCUUAGUUGCUCUGUGGCAUGUGGGAUCUUCCCGGACCAGGGCUCGAACCCGUGUCCCCUGCACUGGCAGGCGGAUUCUUAUCCACUGUGCCACCAGAGAAGCCCUUCAUUCUGUUUUAAGAAAAAUAAAAUUUGGUGAGAUUUCAACUAUAAUCAAAUUAAAUUUUAAAAUCCAUUUGGAAAUAUUGAUAGCUUUACAAUAUAUUUUUCUCAUCAAGGAACGUCUUUGUUAUUAAUUGCUGGAUAUAGGAAGACAGUUAUAAUAUCGGUUUUGAAAUCCCUUAAUUAUAAUAAGGUUCUGGAUUUUCUAAGUUAAAAGCCAUGUUAUUGGAUAGGGAGGCUGGGAGGGAUACGCAAGAGGGAGGGGAUAUCGGGAUAUAUGUAUAUGUAUAGCUGAUUCCCUUCAUUAUACAGGAGAAACUAACACACCAUUGUAAAGCAGUUAUACUCCAAUAAAGAUGUUAAAAAAAUAAAAUAAAUAAAAGCCAUGUUAUCUGGAAAUAAUGAGAAUUUUGUCUACUUUCUCCUUUUUGUAGUAGGUAGCAGAGGGCAGUGUUGUUGUGUAGUGGUGGUUAAGAAGAAGACUCAUCUUCAUCUGAUCUCAGUGGGACGGGAGUGAUGCUGGUGUCAACCACAGGGAUGUUACAGGCUGUUGGUUAAGAGAUUAUUAUUAUUUUUUUACCUGAUGUCAUGAUUUAUCAGAAGCCAUUGCUAAAAGAAUCUACAACAAAUGGUACUGAGAUUUUUUUGGUUUUAAAUUUUUAUUGGAGUAUAGUUGAUUUACAAGGUUGUGUUAGUUUCAGGUGUACAGCAAAGUGAUUCAGAUAAAUAUAUAUAUACUGUGUAUAUACAUAUAUCUAUUCUUUUUCAGAUUCUUUUCCAUUAUAGGUCAUUACAAGAUAUUGAGUAGAGUUCCCUGUGCUGUACAGUAAGUCCUUGUUGUUUGCCUAUUUUAUAUAUAGUAGUGUGUACCUGUUAAUCCCAAACUCCUAAUUUAUCCCCCCCCUUUCCCCAUUUGUAACCAUAAGUUUGUUUUCUGUGUUGAGUCAGAGAUUAUUUAUAUAUGAAAAUAAACCCCUUAUUUGGGGAUGACAAAUGUAUAACAAGUUUGGAAUGGUUUUUAAUCUAAGCCUUUCCACAGCAGCUGGGCUCUCGUGUGACCAUUUUCGUCACUUUGCCAGCCUGGCAGCCUCCCUGCACUCCGAGCGGCGGCACGCUGGCUUGUCUGCAGCAUGUGCCCUCCUCAUGUGCUGCUGGGUGCUACUUGCUGGCUUUUUAUCUGACUUUUGUAACUAUAGUAAAAAAAAAAAAAAAAGAAAAUUGGCAUAGAGUUCUCCUUUUGUGCAAAGGAAUUUGCCACUUUGUGAAAUGAAUUGGGAAGAAAUUCCCAUGCCCUGUGACAGUUUACAAAACAUGAGGGAGCUCUGCUCCUGGUAUAAAGGGAAGAUUCGUGCUGCUGAAGCAUCUGAGGCCACUGGCUUUCUCUGAAGCAACCCGAACAAUUCUUGUGUUUAUAUUGUCGUGAUGUUGAGGUUUCUGUCUUCACUUGCCAGUGUUCUCGGAAAGUGGUGACUUUGAGGCUCUAACACUGACCAUUGCAUGACCGACUGCCUUUAGGAAUCGCCUAGGCUCUUGGUGUGUCAUUUUCCUCAUCUGUAAAAUGAAGCUAUAAAAAGAACCACUGGGCUUCCCUGGUGGCGCAGUUGUUGGGAGUCCGCCUGCCGAUGCAGCGGACUCGGGUUCGUGCCCCGGUCCGGGGGGAUCUCACGUGCUGCGGAGCGGCUGGGCCCGUGAGCCAUGGCCGCUGAGCCUGCGUGUCCGGAGCCUGUGCUCCGCAAGGGGAGAGGCCACAGCAGUGAGAGGCCCGCGUACCGCAAAAAAAAAAGAACCGCUGCGUAAAUCUUUGCCUUUUCUUCUGGCCAAUACUGUUUAUUUUGUGAACUUUCAUUUUAUAGCCUGUUAGAAUAGUGUCAGGGGGCAACCAGAAACUCUAACUGUCCAUCUUAACAAUUCCAAAUUUCUAGCCCACACCCAUAUGGGUUCACUUUUUUCUCUUGUUGACAUCCCUCGGGAAGAGCCGCAGCCCUGGUGUUUGAGGACCCGGUGUGCACUGGUGCUGCCACGACCUUGGGUAAGGCGUUGAACUGUCCACUGUGAGCCUCAGAUUUUCAUCUGAAGAAUGUGAGCCUUGUUCUCCCAGGGCCGUGGUGAGGAUUACAGGGGGGGUUUAUGUGGACACACCUGACACUUGAUAAGGGCUGGGUGCGCCUUUAUGGCAUUGAGGCUGGCUCUGGGGGACCCACCUGCAGGAUGGAGAGAGCGUGCCGGCCACCGGACUGCUCUGGAAACACUGCAUGUAGGAGCCCUGUUUUCAUGCCCCCUUCACUCCCCCAUCACCCCGUCACGUGCUGGACAGGUGGCCUCUCCCUCAGCGACAGGUCCCUCGAGAAUGUUCUGGACUCCUCCCCUCUGCCGCCCAGCCACCCUCUGCCUUCUGUUUUCUCUCCUCCAGAAUCGUGUUGACACCUCCCCUUGCUGUACUCCCUCCAGAUCUUUUUGAUGUUAUGGGGUUUUAUCUUUUUCUUCCUUUACCGUAUUUUAAGGGGGCCUUGACAUGGUGCAAAGACAGACACGUGACCACUCUCCCCUCUUGGCCUGGGAGGCUGCUUCUGCUCCUGCAGACCCCCAGCCCUGUGGAGGGACCACAUGGGUCUGGGGUCUGGUUAAGCUGGCUGCCACACACCCCAGCAUCCCAUGAGCCCUCCUGGUGUCCCUUCCUCUUGUACAAUCGUCUCUGAAACCAGGUGAAAGGCCAAGCACCUACUAGUGUAGAUGACCCCGUGGCGAAGGGCUGUGCAUCCCUAUUGUUGUUAGAUUCCUUGGGAAAGUCUCGGUUAGAAGAGCAAUUAGACGGUUUCAAGAUUGCCUGCGGGAGAAAAAGGGCAGCGUGUUCUGGAGGCCCACGGUCACCAGGAGACCUAGAGCUGCCAUGUUCAGUGGUAAAAGCUUAACUUGGAGACACUUUCUGCUCCCCUGCUGCUCCAGGAGCCAGCUGUCCCCUCCUUGGGCCAAAAUUCACCCCCAGGCUGAGCUGUGCUUUCUUCCCCAGCUGUCCUCGGCCCUCAUCUGGCACGAAGCUGGUUUGCAGCCCUGGGCUCCCCACACGGAAGGAUGAGGGGAGAACGUGACCGAGGUCGGCGCCUUCAUGCUGGUGGGCUUCCUCACGGCCCCGGCUGCCUCCCUCUUCGUGCUGGUGGAGAACCUGGCCGUCAUCCUCACCAUCUGGGGCAGCUCCUCCCUCCACAGGCCCAUGCACUACUUUCCGGGCAUCCUGUCGUCCCUGGAGAUCUGGUACGUGUCUGACACCAUCCCUAAGAUGCUGGACGGCUUCCUCAUGCAGCGGGGAUGCACCUCCUUCGUUGGCUGCAUGACUCAGCUCUACGUCUUCAGCUUCCUGGUGUGCACCGGGCGUGUGCUCCUGGCCUCCAUGGCCUGCGAUGGCUACCAAGCCAUCAUGACCAUGGGGCUGUGCGUCCAGCUGGUGGCCUUCGCCUUCGUGAGUGGCUUCACCAUCCCUGUGAUCAAGGUCUCCUCUACCUCCAGCACCAUGUUCUGUGGCUCCAAUGUCCUGAAGCAUCUCUGUGACAUCUCCCCCAUCCUCACUGCCUGCACGGACUUCUCGACCACCGAGCUGGUCGGCUUCGUCCUGACCUUCAGCAUCCUGGUGUUCCCGCUCGUGGCCACCAUGCUUUCCUAUGGACACAUCACCCCGGCCGUCCCCCGCGUCCCCUCAGACGGCCGUCGGCGAGCCUUCUCCACCCGCGCCUCCUACACGGUCACCACCUUCUACAUGGCCUUGAUAUUCAUGUACGUCUGGCCCCAGGCCAUGGAUUCCCGGAGCUCCAACAAGCUCAUCUCUGCUGUUUACACUGUCCUCACCCCAGUCAUCAACCCCUUGAUCUACUGUCUGAGGAACAAAGAAUUCAAGGAUGCUCUGAAAAAGGCUCUGGACUUAGGUCAACUUUCACAGUAGCACAGUUAAAUGUCCUAUAGUCUAAUCUGUGGUGAUAAUAAAAACACCACCUUAUAGGACACUUUACUUUCUUUAAUAGUGACAAUUUAUGUAAUUAAUUAGUUUAUUUUUGGCUGUGCCACGCAGCUUGCAGGAUGUUCGUUCCCCCACCAGGAAUCGAACCCGCACCCUCAGCAGUGAAAGUGCAGAGUCCUAACCACUGGACCACUAGGGAAUUCCCACUUUAGGUUUUUUAAAGUAAAUUUUUAAAUGAAAUUUAGCAAACCUACAGAGCUGUGAAUAAAUAAUAAGUCUUCAUCCGGAUUUGGUUUCACAAAAGAACCACACUUAUGUCACCAGCACCCGGAUCAAGAGUCAGAAGCUACCCUCACGGCCCGUCCCCAAGAUUUCCACUAUCCAGACUUCUAACACCAGGUACUACUUUUUGACGUUUUUAUGAAUAAAACCAUGAA